CUGCUAUGCAAGACUCACCCUUUACUGGCACCUGAGACAAACACAUUGUCCGGUGCAGGCUAAACGAUGGCCCUGGUGUCAUAUUCUGACAGUGAAACAUCCGACACUGAGACUACUGUUGCUCCCCAAGCGGCAACUUUUCACAACCCUUCUGGCUCUGCGAAGCCCGCUGUCUUCCAGAAGACGGAGGCGCGCAAGAUCAAGGUUGACCUACCAAGUCUGAGGCCCGAGGUCGCUGAGCAGGACAUUGAUGGACCGCAACAGCCGCCAGUCAAGCGUGCGAGGACGGCCGGCGCAUUUGAAGGCUUCAACAGCCUGCUCCCAGCGCCGAAGAAGCCAGCUACGCAGCAGCCGACCGGCUUAAAGAAAGGCGUAAGUCUCAAAACCAGUUCAGAAGCAGCCUUUAGCCGUGUGCCUCCUCCGAGAACGGAAUAUGCCCAAGACGCGUUACAGGACGAUGACUACGACGACUACGGCAACCGAGCACCGUCCUUGCCGCAACGGACGCAGACACCAGCAGUCACUGGCGGAGAAGCGCCCGACGUGAAGGUCUUAGGCAGAGCAACGAGAUUCAAGCCGUUAAGUGUUGCGAACAACAAGAAGAAAAAAGUUGUUCCGAAGAAGGCUGUCCCUAUACCACAGGAACUAGCAGACGAGCAAUUAGGCACAGGUGGGCGGGCGUUGGUGUCUGGUCAGGCGCCGGGAGAGCCACUCGCCAGGGCGCCGCCGUCGAAGAAGAGUCUUUUCUCGAUUGCGCAGGACGACGAUAUGCCCUCAGAUGCCGUCACGGAAAGCUACGGUGCAACAAACGGUAUACAAAUCGAAGGCCUGGACGAGCAGCAACACUCCGUACCGCAUGAGAUAAGAUCACCAUUUACUACAGAAUUGGCUCCCAACUCGCUCGAAGCAGUUGCCGCAGACUUGAAUCUCACGCCUGCGCAACGACGACAGCUUUUCGGACGAAGCGCAAAGAACGUGCCAGCUAACGCCACUCACUUCAACAUGGAUGCCGAGUAUGCUGCGAACGAAGAGAUACGUCAGUCCGGCGAGACGCUCGAGCACAAGGCUGUCAAGACUGUAGCGCCGGGCAAGCAUAGCUUGCAGCAACUUGUGAACAAUGCUCGCAGCAACCAGGAGAGCAUCGAGGACAAAUGGGCGGAAGGUCGCAGAAACCGUGGAGAAGGCGGCUCAAAGUAUGGAUGGGGUCAUGGAUAGGUCGACUGGCGCCGGCAAAAGCGAGCCGAACGCAGAAUGCAUCGUACCGAUAUGUUCGUCGUGCCGCCUGCUUUCACCACCAUGACACCGUGCCGACCGCUCAACCACGGACAGACAUGCAAAGCACACCUGCAAUAACGAACUUCGUCGACACCACGUGACGGGCGCUCACUUUUCCAACAUUGUACGUCCGUGUUAGGAAGUAAGGUGGGGUAGAGGUGUUCGCUGCGGGGAAGGUCCUUGAUUUGACUGAUCUAACCUCAUGCCACCACUCUACGCUCACUGCAGUACAAA